GUCGACGUAGGAGAGGGGUCGGGGUUGUUGGGGUCUCUUUUUUUCUGGGAGGGGUAGCUGAAUUGUGGGAGACCAGGGUGCACUUGACUUGGCUUUCCUGCUACUCUGCCUUGCCUUCUCAAGAUGCGGGGGUUGGGAAGGGGACGGGGGACUCAAGGCUUAGAAAGGAGAAGGAGCCCGCUGCUGCCUGGAGGGCUAAGGGAGUAGAGGGUGGAGGUGGAGUUGAGUAGGGAUGGGCCAGCCCGAGGAGCACUGAGGAGGAGAAGGGGUCUUCUCCUGCCUCGGGUCCACAGGAUGAGUUUUGCUGGGAAUGAGAAUUCGGGUGUCUGUGGAUAGGAGCGCUGAGAAAUUGAUGAGAAAUUGACAUGUCCGUGCACAUGCAUGAGGCGGCGACAGGAUUUGUGUGUAAACAGUGUGAAGAGGUGGAGGAGGGCAUGGUGAGGGGGGGAAGUUAAAAUAAUGUCUUAUUGUCCUUUUGGCUUUUGGGACUCUCAUCCUCUGUCUCACCCCCUUUUUUUGACCCAGGGAUCCAGCCGCAUUAUACACGAGUGACCUUUUAAAUCUACGUCCACCCUUUACCUGCGAGAGGACUGCAGCAGACGAGUUCCGGAAGGCAGAAUCCCCAGGUCCCGGCCCCGGACCGAGGCAGCUCGCCCCUGCGGCACGCCCGGCCCGGCUGCGCCUGCACUCAGCGAUGGAGGUAAAGAGGCGGCGGCCGCGCGCCCUGCCCCGGCUGCCGCUGCCGAGCCCCUGCUGCUCUCCUUGUCCCUCGCCCUCUUCUUCCCCGUCCUUGCCCCCUUCAGUUUCCUGAGCAAAGCAGAGGGCGACAUGGGUGGGUGGGUUUGCUGCGCUGGGGCGAGGUGGGGUCGAUGUUGUUUUUUCAUUGUCUGGAGCUGCAGGGGAGGCGAGGCGCGGGGAAAGGGGCGAGGGGAGCCGGGGUAAUUAACACGGGGGAGGCACCCCUCCGUCUCCCACUUCCACCCACACCCCCAUCCCUCCACCCCCUCCGCUUUGCAGGAAAAAGCCUGGAUGCGAAAGGAUGGGGGAGAACAAAGAGCCUUUGGAAGACGUCGCUGUUAUCUCAUUGUCUGUGUGAUUGGGGGAGCUGCGGCGGGGAGGAUGCUGUGGUCCCUUCCUCCGGCGCUCCCCACCCCCAUCCCUCUCCCCGCUGUCAGUGCGCACGCACACGCGCCGCUUUUUAUUUCUUUUUCCUGGUUUUCUUAUUCCAUCUUCUACCCACCCCCCUUCCUUUCUUUCACCUUUCCUUCCUUCCUUCCUUCCUUCCUUCCUCCUUUCCUUCCUCAGGAGAAAGGCCUCUCUCUCCGUGUUCACAGCGGACCUUGAUUUAAAUGUCCAUACAAUUAAGGCACGCGGUGAAUGCCAAGAAUGGGGCUGGCUGAGCACCGUGGGUCGGCAAGGGCCCGCCAAGGAAGGAGCGACCGACCGAACCAGGCGCCCUCCGCAGACCUCAGCGCAGCGGCUGCGGGCGCGAGGGGAGGGGUCUCGAGCUCCCUCCGGCUGCCUGUCCCGCACCGGAGCCCGUGGGGUGGGGAGGUGUGCAGCCUGUGACAGACAGGGGCUUAGAGAUGCAAACAGACUCAGGGAGAGAAACAGAAGCUGGUUCUGUGACAGAAGCAGAUCUGUGCAGCACAGAUGCGGUGUGCGUGGGGAGGGGGUCGCUUGGGAGCGCAUUGCGGAGUGCUUGUGUGUGCAGAUUUUUCUCUGGGCUCAGGACUCAUUGUAUGUGGGUCGACACUUUCCUCCGUGACUGUGUUUUUGUUCUGAGCUGAGUUUUUCGAUUUGCCCUUAAAAAAAUAAUAAUUUGGCAUCCAGAGACUGGCAGACUGCCUCAGGGCCUGGACUGCGGAUAUAUUGUGUUCUACUUGAGGUUUGGGGAGGAGGGCAGGCGGUUGGAAGGGAGAGGGGGAGCUGUUUGUCACCCUUUGCUGUAGAGCUGAGAGCACCUGACAAGCUUAAGGAAGUCGCUAGGCUAUGUGGACAAGAAGGAGCCAGUUCCUAGCGGGUUCACAAGCUCCAUGGGAGCUGAAAGCCUGGCCAUGGCUCUAAGGAGCAUCUCACGCCCUCCCUGUAGCUGUUAUUGCAGUUUCAGGCAGAGAUCCAGGAGCUGCAGAGGAAGGGAGAGGCACAAUAACCUACAUGGACCCAAGGGAGACAUGUGUUCCUUUAAAAAUGUGAACAGAAGGAAAAACAGAAUGUGUGCAAGUGGGGGUCUGAGGAAAGACUGUUUUGAAAGAGGCUGUCAGGGAAUGGAAAGGGUUAAGCUUUUCAUCCUGAAGAACCUGCUUCCCAAAUCAGGCCUUCCUCCCAUCACUAGACCCUGAGCAGCAGCUGGUCCUAGAGACCCCCCUCGUACUGCGCUGCCACAAUCUCAUCCCAUUUCCAGCUCUGUAUUAACCACCAAGCUGCAGCGGAUGGGGCAAGACCUAAGCUCAUUAAUUUCCAGGUGGAGGAAAUGGAGGAGGGGCAGGUCCCUGCAGUAGAGGGAGGAGCAGAGAAAGGAGGCCAAGAGCUGGAUCCUUCUGCCCGGGAAGCCUGCUGCAUCCCUUCCCCCGAGCAUGGCAGAGGCCUGGCUUUGCAAGGCCAAGGCCAUAAGGGAUGUUUAGGAGAUUAAUUUGAUUCCUGACACAGUAAUCAAGGCCUAAGAGUCUCCACUGAAGCUUACUGAGGACUUCUUUCCUCUCCAAAGCCUCAGUCUAGCCUGCUAAACAAAUUAGUAUUCAGUGAUGCCUUGGAUCAGGGCCCCUCCCUGGCCUCAGUUCCCCCAAAUAUUUAUUGAGUACCUACUAUAUGUAAUCCUUGUGUAAUUUUUACCUCUUAGGCUCUUCAUUUGCCCUCCUAAGGCAGUGUUUAGAGUCAGGCAGAGGUUAAGUGUGUAGCACCCCACCUAGAUACUUCCAGAACCUUCUCUGGGUCUGCAGAAUGUGGCACAACCUGCUUGCCCCCGCAGAGAGAAAGCUGCAGUGCACAUCUUGCAGACUGCAGGUGCUGGGCUGCCUCUGGAGACCCAGAAGGCAAGCUUGGCUGCAGGACAGAAAGGGAAAAUAGCUUCUCUCACCCCUGAGCCUUAGCAAGCCUUGUCUAUUUGCCAUUGCCUUCAAAAUAUACCUCCCCUGAAACUAGUAGCUUUCUGAGUUCUGGUGUCCCCUUCGCCCUUUCUGGACAGGUUUGGGAAGAAGAAAGCAGUCAGUGCUGGGCCUUAUUGGGGUGUAAAGCCCCUUGCUCUGCCCCCUCUGCUCACUGUGAAGGCUGCUGGAUGCUUCUUUUAGGCAUGGUUUAAGCUUCUGAUUACUAAAACCCUUGCCCCACAAAUGUCCACAUUGACGAGCCUCUUUUUGGUAAUUGCUUCCCCGUAAUUCCUUCAGAGGUUGCUGUACCCUUCGCGGAUGUGCCCUCCGGUAAAAUCUCCGGAUGCCUUCCCACGUAAUGCCCCUUUCAGAUGCUUUAAGCUGACAGCUUAAACCGCAGGUACCGUGGCUGACGCCUGCUAGGUUUCUGCUGUGGAUAAUCUAUGAUGGGAGGGGCAUAUUUUUUACUUCAUUACUUAUGUAAACUCUUGUUCCAGAAAGCUUUAAUGUAUGUGGGAGUGUUCUGGGUCUACUAGGUCUGUGUGCAAGGGUGUGGGCAUUUGCCUGUGUCCACUGGGUGGGUCUCAUUACAAAAUGUAUGUUUAUGUAGGGCUUUAAUGGUCGAAAAUGGCAAAGAGACGAAUGGACCACUUGGCCCUGUGUAUAAUUGCCAGGCCCCUUCUGUGCUCAGAUAAGGUGUCCAAGUGAAGGUCAGCCCUUCCCUUCUGUAUUUGGGGCCUAUUUAUGCCACCAGUAAUUUUACAAGAAACCUGGAUAUUUCUCCCCUUUGAGGGCGUUUAACUCUUUAACAUCUUCUCUCUUAUUACCUAUUUGAGCCCCUCUAGCUACAGUCUAUGACUUAAAUGAAAGGGGAGUUAUAUGGUUAAGAAAAAGUAGGACGAGGUUGAGGCAGUUUGCUGACUGAAUAUGUGAAGAAGGCCCUGAUGGGCUCAUAUGCACCGCCGCCAUCACAGUCCUCAACGUGAUGCAAGCUUAUAUGAUUCUUGAGGUAACUCUACCAGAUACUUCCAGAUUUAGAAAUGUAUCAAAGGAAAAAUUGGUGAUAUUCUUCUUUCCCCUGCCAGAAACAGCCCAGAUCUCCGCUUAAGCGGAAAAGAGAUUGACCUUCUAACAGAGGCAAAGGUAAACUCCUGUAAGUUACUUCCGUUACCAAAGGGAGGAGGGCAGCUUUUGUGAAUGUUUGAGGAGCUUUUGCCACAGAGAUAUUUGGAGGAGGGGUGUGCCCAUAUGCACACAUACAUUUUCCCACAUAACCAUAUCCAAUGCUAGCAUUUAGAGGAAGGCAGUUAGCCACCAAAAGUCCAUCCACCUAUGCUGCUUCCACAGGGAAAACAUUUUCUCUUUCCUCCUCUUGAACUUACAUAAUACCUUCCUCCCAUUCCAACCUUAGAAUGGAGUCUUUUGGGGGCAGCUGCAAAGCAUUCUCCCUAGGACAGAUGGAGCCUCCCAUCCCUCAUCUACUCUGUGGGUGGUUUCAGGGCCCAUGAGUCAACAUGAGGAGUUGUGCUGGUGGUAUGUGUGUUGGAGGCUGGGCUGGCUGAUUCACAGUGACGAGGAUGUCAAUAAUAACAAUAAUGAGAAUGAUGGUACCCAAUAAAGACUUUUUUCCCCAAAUCCCAUCUACAAUUCUUUCAUUGGGUGUUUUGCCAAGCCUUUCUCAAUCUCAUUUCAGCUUUUUUAAAAGAAAAUGUAUUCAGUACUUAAUUGCAUCACAAAUGUAGACAUAUAAGAAAAAAGGACUUCAAACGGAAUUUGUGGGAGGCAAUGUGUGCGGCUUUUUGCCUUAUAGAGCUGUGUAGAAGGCCUGGAAUGAUCUUCCUGCAGCAAAUUUAGAUGGCCUUAAAAAAAAAAAAAAAGAAAAGAAAAAAUAAAAAAAAUCGGGCCUUAUUGAGGGCAAGGAAUGUUCCAGGUCAGAAUAAAAGUGUCAGCAACUCUCAAUAGGUUCAUCUUUUUAUUUCCUAUCCUUCUCCCUUUUGUCUUAAAAUAGAAACGCUACCAAGACCUGAGGGACUGGGUCAGGGGCCGGGAAGCCCAGAAAACAAACUUCCAGAAUCACUAAGAGCUUUCUCUCUCAAAAUUACACUGGGAAGGUUCUUUUGAAAUUCAAAUCCAACCUAUUUGUUGCUUAAGCACACACAAAAUACUGAGACCUGGAGUCCAGGAGGCAAUACUUUGGCUGCAAGUGCAUAUUGCAACUUCGUGUGAUGUUGCCAGGGCGGUUCUGCGUCGAGUUGCGGCUCCACGACUGUAGGCGCGGGCCCCAUUUCGGCCCCUGCCGGCCCGGACCGCGCCCAGGGCUUCUCAGUGACUCGCUUCCCAGCACGCACGAGGCAUUCUCCUCUCUUUCUCUUGGAAUGCACCAGAGACUUCUCCAUGGAGCAAGGAGAAGAUGAGCAGGCGCUGGUUUCCCUUUUCUUUUUUGCUCCCAUUUCCCAGUCUUGAUUUUUUUUUUUUCUUUCUCUUUCUCUCCUGAAUCAUGCAGACCUGGAACUCCUGAGAUUCGGGUCCUCCUGCAGUUCCCAAAGCUUUGGACCCAUCCGAGGUGUGGGUAGACGCGGGUUAGUCUCAGGUUCUUUCUAGGAUGAGCCCCAGGCCCAAGUUCUAAGUCGAGGGGGAGGUGAAGAGGUCAGGGCGCCCCCAGCUCAGGGCGACAAACGCCAGGGACUGUCCCCGGAGAGGUCAUUUUUCCAUUUUCCAUGCACAUUGAUUUCACUCUAGCGCCAGAUGGACACUGGACGGUCAACGUUAGAGAUUAUUACGGAGUCGGGGGCAGGAAGAGGGACGAAUCGAGGCGAGGGUACAUCCUCAGCUUCCAAGGGUGGCCGAGCCAGACCGAAGGCCUGGGCGGGAGGUCACGUCCUCCCCUGGCCACCCGCAGCGCUCCCCAGCCGCAGGCCUGGGCCUAGACGCCUCAUCCUCACGGCCGUGCAGCCGGUCAGCCUGUGCGCCCGGGGCCCGCAGUCCUGCUUCCUUCGUCCUCCUCUGGGCCUCUCUCCGAUCCACUUCAGUACCUGCGGCCUUAAGGACCCCACCCUGCACCCCGGAAAGCCUCAGAACUUGCAAGAAAAAGGAGCUGGCAGGUGCAGCCUGGGAAGGGGUACAGACAGCGGGGAGGUUGGGAGAGGACCCCGCCGCGAAAGCGCUUGGGGGUUUGGAGUUUUAUUUGCUGAGUCCGUCUCAGUACAUCCUCCUGAACUCCCCAUUAGGACGCCCCGCCCAUACCUUCAGCCUCCUCUCCCGGAUAGCCCCAGUGACCCUGCCAGGGAGCAGGCAUUUUCCCUCAGGACCCAGAGACGUGUCCUCGCCAUCCUCGCCCAAACACCCUCCUUCCCCUCCCCCGCAACCCUCUCCACAGAAGCCAAAACCACCACAAAAAUCUUCAACCUGCAAGGAAAAAGACAUAUUCCUCCGUCGGCCUUAGUCAGCGUUAGUUCCAGAUCCCACGCCGGAGGGGACCGAGCCGCUCGAAGUCGGUUGGAAGGAAGGCGCAGAAGGCUCUUUCUGUCUUCAUGAAUCUCCUUGCAAAUGCAACCGCUGCUGCCAUUAGGACGCGGUCUCUGUUUUCUAAAGAACUCGAUUCCUUCCGUUUCCUCAUCUGUUGGGUCCAUCAGCGUGCAGUGAGUGAUACAAGGUCUCUUUGGGUCAACAGGCCGUGCACCGAAACAACUUUCGGAGCCCUGGCCUCAAGGUCAUGGGCCGGGUGGUGCCCGACUGAGGCUGUGCCACUGAGACCUUCCGACGUGAAGGAAGGUGCCCUGAGCUGCAUAGGGGGCUCUGUCAGCCCCCUCCCACUCUACACAGAUUGAUGUGGCAAUAUUUAUUCCCAUUUAAUUGAGACACUGGUUUAAUUUCAGAUUGCUUCGGCUUAAGGCCCAAUGGGGUUUUCUGCAGCUCUUUUCCCCAAUGCCUCUACAGAAAUUAAUUGCUGUUAAUAUCCAAUUUUGGCUGUAUUAUUCGUUAGCCAAUUAUGUAUCCCAUAGCCCAGGCCCCUUGCUGCUUUCAGUCUCUGCUGGAAUCAGCUCACACUAUGCUGGGCUUCUGCUUUUCCGCUUUCCCCUCUAUUCAAACUCUCUCCUCCCAAGAUGAUUUACCGGCCAGGCAGGCAUUUUGCUUGUGUCUCAGUGCUGGCUGAGCUGGGGGAGGUGUCUUUAAGCCGUUUUCCCCCUUUUGAGGGAAAUGUCUUCUUUGCAGUGGAAAUAAAUAAUUUCCAUUUAAAAAAAGAAUCUAAGCUUCUCCACUCUCUUCACUAUCCCAAGGCUUGCUUUCUCUGGAGCCAUUUUUGGAGAGUGGUUUUGCGUCAAAAGCAAGCAAGGUGCCCCAGCCUCAGGGCUCUCCUCCCCACCUCCCUAGAAGUCCCUCUGAGACUGUGUUAAAGCCACCACAUACACAUAACACCAUAGAUUCAAACAGUGUGCUUGGAGGAUGUCAUUUCACAUUUCAAGGAGGGAAACUUGAAAAAGCAAUUUGGGAAAAGCACUAUUUUCAGAGAUGAGGAGGGCAGCUCUCCCCUCCUCCCCCACAGAGGCCCUGGAAACCAUUCCAGCCUUGCACUGCACAACCCUGCUCGAUGGAGCUGAUGCAACUGGGGGCAAGAGCCUUUAAAAAGUGUUAUUUUGCCUUGGUUUUUUGUGCCUUGAGUUCAAUGAUAGACAGAAGCAAACACUUCCCAUCACUGAUGCUCUGGAAACAGAAACAUACAAGUGAGAAUCCUAAGGACAGCAGAGGCCCUUCUUUGUCUGCUUCCUGUCCUUCCCCCAUUUGGAAAGAAUGCCCCCCCAUGCCUUCAUGUGCCCUCACACUUAUCUCUAGCAGUUCUGUAACAACCUGCGCAGUGUCAGCAUCAGAACCGAGUGCAGAGAAAACAAAAAGUCCAAGCCGCUGGCUUGGACUGCGGCCCCUACAGAUGAAGCCCGAGGUGGGAGGUUUUCUUCUCUGCCUGGAAAUCCUAUAGUCAGAUUUGUCGUAGGGGGGAGGUGGGUGGUGACUGUGGUGGAGGGCUGGGACAUUGUUAAGAAGGUGCCUUACACAGAAGGCUCAAUAAAUACCACCCAAAUUGGAUGUAAUUAAAUUAGCAGCAGCUGUCCUGCUUUUCCUGUCGAAAAGCUACAAUUAGGCAUGAAGGCCUCUUGGGCAAAGGCUAGAUAGAGUGGCAUCCUAGGAAAGGAGGGGGCUAACAGUGUUUUUGGUUCAUCUUCUAUCCUCAGCCCCUGCCUAGCUUGUCCAGAUGUGUGGAGUUUUCUUUUCUUUUCUUUUCUUUUCUUUCUUUUCUUUCCUUUUUGUUUGUUUG